UUACCACCUCCGCCGGUCCGCCUCCUGAUUGCUUCGCGCUUUCUGCCCACACUUUUUCUUACCGACUGAUCGCGUUCUUUUCUUUUCUUUUUUCCCCAACACCUGUUCAGCGUUACCGCGCCGGCUUCUCGUGCACCCAAUUCUCUCGGCGACAAACGCUCCUUAGGCCAACAUGUGCUUCGGGGCCCGAACAAAAGAUGACGGCGGUGGUGCUCGUUCGCGCGACCUCGACCGCAUGAUCCGACAAGAUGAGAAGCGCCUAUCGAAGGAGGUCAAGCUGUUAUUGCUGGGUGCCGGAGAAUCUGGAAAAUCUACUGUCCUGAAGCAGAUGAAGUUGAUCUACGCACAAGGUUUCAGCAAGAACGAGAAGCUCGAAUGGAAGCCGGUCGUAUUCAACAACAUUGUCCAAUCAUUCCGUUUGAUCCAAGAUGCCAUGACCGAAAUGGGAAUCGAGUUCAGCAACCCCGAAAACGAGAAGCACAUGGCGCAUAUCCUGGUGGAACACGAGAUCAACGCCCAAGACCCUCUCCCGCGCGACUACCUGCAAUCUGUCAAAGAACUUUGGGUCGACGGCGGUGUCAAGCAGGCCAUAGCAAAGGGCAACGAGUUCGCCCUCCACGACAACCUGGCAUACUUCUGUGACGAUUUGGACCGAAUUUGGGACGCGAGCUACGAACCCACAGACCAAGAUUUGUUGCGAUCGAGAUUGCGAACUACGGGAAUCACCGAGACGGUGUUCGACCUGGGCCAGCUGACAUACCGCAUGUUCGAUGUCGGUGGCCAACGUUCGGAACGGAAGAAGUGGAUCCACUGCUUCGAAAAUGUCAAUUGCUUGCUCUUCCUUGUCGCCAUCAGCGGAUACGAUCAAUGUUUGGUUGAGGACAAGGACGGCAACCAAAUGAACGAAGCGCUCAUGCUCUGGGAGUCGAUUGCCAACUCGCACUGGUUCACAAAGUCUGCUCUGAUCCUCUUUCUGAACAAGAUGGAUCUCUUCAAGGAGAAACUGCCCAACAACCCGAUUACAUCGCACGGUUUCACGGAUUACCACGGCCCCGCCGAAGACUGGAAGUCUGCCAGCAAAUACUUCUUGGACAAGUUCCGCGCGCUGAACCGAAACACCGAGAAGGAAAUUUACGGGCAUUUCACGAAUGCCACCGAUACGAACCUGCUCAAGAUCACCAUGGGCUCGGUCCAGGACAUGAUUAUCCAGCGCAACCUCAAGCAGCUGAUACUAUAAGGCAGAGCUAGCGAUAUUGGGUCACCUGGUGGCCCCAGAUCAACUUCAACCCCCACCCCACGGCAUGCAUGAAAAAUGCCAACUCUAAUCGAUACCCGCGGCCUUUCCGGCUUCUCAAACCUCAUUGCG